CUAAGCCCUACCUACGGGACUGAGCCCGGUUCGGUUCGGGCUUGGCAGGAGGCAGGAGCCGAGGAAGCGACAGGAUGACACCGGGAGCGCUUCAGGCCGCCCGAGGAGGGUCCCCAAACCUGUGCUUUGGGAUCCUUGAGCCGUACAGACGGACACGACCCCGCCGCCCUCACCGAGCCGCUCCCGCCGCCUACAACAUGGCUCCUCCCACCUCACGCCCUCCCCGUGGGCGCCGCCAUCUUGCUCGCUCACAUGACCCAGGACCUUCAGAGGCCGCCUGUGAUUGGACCGUUGGCCGCCGGCCCAGUAUGGCGGCCGCCGAUUGGCCGCGGGCCGGCGGGCGGGGUCCGGCGCUGGUUGCCGGGGCGGCGGAUGGCGGCGGCGGCUCCUCGAUGGCGGCGGGGCUGAGCGCGGAUCCUGCACCGGCGGCCGGGACGCGGGGACUCCCCCUUCGGUGCGGGGAGGCCCAGUCCUCGGGAAAAAGGGGGAGAGAGAGAGAGGCUGAUACUGAAGCCAACCAGCUGCGCUUCUGAGUGGGAAACUCCGGACUGAUCUCAUGGCUUGCUUUUUAUUUCAUUAAUACUUCAUUAUCUCUGAAAAUGAACCUUUUGUGAAGCUCUUCUCCUAACUCUCCUUAUUCCUCUUUCACGAGGUGGCUGCUGCUGUGCGAGGGAAGGAAUGGCAUGAAGUAAAUGACUCCAGUAUAAAAAGCAAUCUGCUUUGCCCAAGUGCCCAGUGGGCAGCACUGUCACUUUAAUAAUUCCAGGUCAAGGGAUUGCUUUCCUCGUUUUCAAUCCUCUCUUUUAAUACAUGGGAGGAUCAGAGGGACAUUAAAGACCGUAAGGCUGGGUGGCUUGCAGAUAAUAAAAAUGAAAGUGUCUGCCCAGUGACUUCUGUUGGGUAAGAGGGUGAUGUUUGAAGGCUCUUGUCUGGUGAGGAAAAAGGGAUCUUUUCAGUCUGCUGUGUAGUCACCUAAUACAUAGCUAGCAAAAUUAAUUCAAGAAGUGAAAGAGCUUAAAGAGGCGCUUUGGAUUGUUUUUGUCUUCCUCCUUAUUUGGAUUACUUGGGCGUUUUUGUCCUGCAAAUAAUAUGAUUUUGAGCAUGUACAGGUGGAGUAUUGAGACAGCUGCGUAGAGAUGGACUGUGCCUUAAUUGUAUUGCAUAAAAUCUUUUAAUUUUCAAACUUUGCUGCCAGAAGAGGAGUUAUAAUAAGGUUUUAUAUUGCCAAGGAACGUUUGCUCUUGUAUUUUUAUAGAGUCAAAUAUAUUUUAAAGAAAUUGAAAGAAUCUCUUUAAAAAGAAUCAAAAAGCUUCUUUCCCCCCCCUUUUAUUUUUUCUUUUUUGUGGAGAGCAUCGCAAGUCCAACCCAAGGGAACAGCAAGUAUUCAUAGAAAUGAAGAUUGAAGCUGCAUUUCCUUACUGAACUGUAAAAGUGUUCUGCAAUAGUCAGUUCCUGACCUUGCAGAGUGUUCCAGUAGUACUUCGUUAGUACCUGUAAAUAAGUGCUUGCAACCAGAUUCAGAAGUAGGAAGAAGAAUGCCAGUCAAGAAGAAAGGUGGGCUAUGAAGCUUCAUAUCUCAUAUUGCAUCUUCAUUGUGUUAGAUUGUUGAUUUCUAGUACUUAACCAUUUCAAAUUAAAAAUGCUUUAAUGGGGAAUGGAAAUCGUUUUUCUUUUGCACUGAAAAUGGGAGAAAAAUCUGUGCACUUACAAUAAUAAUUUUUAAAAGUAACUUUAUGCUGUGUUUUAAGAUUUACGUCAAAUUUGGCCUCAAAUGUUUUUUUUGUAAAAAUCAGCUGUUCGAGAUUUUGAGCAGCCACCAAGAGAAAAGCUUGAUAUUUAAUUCUGUGAGAAGUCUCUCUUACAAACGCUAAUAAAUUUGAAAACCAUAGUUUAAUCUGUUAUCUAUUUGUGACAUGUUUGGCGGAUAAACAUCAGCUAUCAGUAGCAGCAUAAAUAAAUAACAAAGUUUCAAGGCUGAUUUUAAAACCAAGUUAUGAGAGCUGUGUUUUGAAGGUGAUUUGAACGUGAUUUUUUUUUAAAUGUGAUGUUAAUUAGCUUGAAUUUCCUUGCUUUGGUACAAUAUAAAACUACUGUCUUUAAGGCUGUAGUAUGGCAACAUUUAAGAAAAGACAAACAGCCUUACAUUUGGCCUCUUCUCACCUCAAGUUUGUGUUUGCAGCUUUGGAAAAUGUGACUUCCAGUGUUCAGACAACAAUUGGGAAGUAUAUGAAGGCAAAUUCUUACUCUGAAAAUACUUGCAGACCUUAGGUUAUUUCUGGUUUCUUGCAAAUUGGACACAGAUUUAAAGUUUCUGAAUAUGCUAAUAGAGUAAGGGUGAUGGGAACCUUUUUUUAUUCAGCUUAUCUAUCCAGUUGUGCCUGGGUCUAAUAUAUCCUUGGAUCUGAUGAUACAAAAUGUGGGGGAAAGGGCAAAAAGUGAAUGUUGCAAACAGAAAUGAGGAUGUAAUUUAUGUGGCUUUGGAUUCUCUUCCGUGUAGGAAUAAUCCUUCAUUAGUUAUGAGUUAACAUUUACUAUAUAAAUAAUGAUAAACACACAGAUUGCUAGAAUUAUUUUCAUUAAAAAACAAUAAAUGCGAUUUUGUGAUUGUGUUUUAAAAAAAUGACAGUGUAGAAAUGAAAUUUCCAACUUGAAAUAUUUUAAUGGAUGGCCUUGUCAUUCAUGGAAUCGCUUGCCAUUAUGUGUAGUAAAGGUGGAAACGUGUGUGGAGUUCUGUUCUUAAUUCAUCCUGCUGUGCUGUAAAAGUGUCGCCCUGAUGUACUGGGAGGCUUCUGUAUCCUGUCUGUUUACAGAAGGAAAACUGAAGCUUUUCAUUGUUCAGUUUUAAUCCUGAUUUAGGUGAUUUACACUGAGGAUGUUUCUGUGCCAGAUGUUCAGCUGUAAUUCAGUUUCUGAAUACUUGCUGCAGGACUUUAGGGGUGAAAUCUUAGAAGCUCCUUUGUGCAGAAGUGAGAUUGGCAAUCACAGCAGUCCCUUCUGGCCUUAAAAAUCUCUGAAUUUCCUGUUUGUUUCCAGGCAGUUGGGGUCAGUCUUAGUGUACACCAAGGCUUGAGUUCUUUGGUGUUACAAGGAUGUGUGUUUUGGCAACAUUAAAAUAUAAAGUCAAGAGACCCAAAUGUCCCCCUUGAAAUACUUUAAAUUGUCACACCAAUCAGCGUACUGAAGUUGCCAGUGUGAAUGUAUUUGAUUAUUAAAAGGGUAUUGUUAAGAAUGUAUUUUAAGCAUGUAAAUUGCAGGAUUAAAAGUGUUGGCGAAUCAGCAACUUCAUUGUGAUUUUGAACGACUUAAUUUGUCUAGUUCAUGCAAUACACUUUAACUUUCUAAAUGUAAUUAAAAGCAUGCUGGCAACUCAAAACAUUCUACCGUUUUUAAAAAGAUUGCUAUUUUUUGAAGUAAUGCCUGUUAAUUCUAUGAAUGUUAGGGGGAUUGAGGGAAUUCUUCCAUGUUUGGUUUUUGGGUUUUUUUCCCAUUUAUUUGCUUUAUGAUUUGGCAGCAGUUUGUGGCUAACUAGUUUAGUAUUUCUGAUGAUGACUUAUUUUCCUUUUCUGGGGAAAAUUUGGGAGUUCAUGUUUGCUGUCCUUCCCAUCGAGGGCAUCUGUAGAAAUCUCAGUGGGAUACUCUCUUGUAGGCUGUGCAGAAGUGUUUCAGUAUCAGCAUUGAGGACAGGAUUAUCCCUCUGCUUGUCAGCACUUCUUUCUGCAUUGCUAUUUUGGAUUUGAUUAAAAUAUUCUCCUAAAAUCAGUAUGGAGACAGAGAAACCUGUGAAACAAGCUUUAAAACAUACUGAUCACUGGAAGUUGUUACCAAGAACUGUUUUUCUUUGGCAGUGGCUGGUUGUGGGUCUUCCUAAAGAAAAAUUGAAGCAUUUUGGGAAUUUACCUUUGAAAUAGCUUCACAUUUCACAUAGCUUUGCACCUCAGUUACACUUCACCUUACUGCGUGGUGUGAUGCCUGCUAUCUUGCUUUUAAAAGUCCAGACCUGUAUAGUUAGGAAGAAAAUAGUUUGCUUAAUAAUAAAAAUCAUAUAACUUAUAGGAAACUGUAAUUUCUUAUGGGUGCGGGGAAAAAAUAAAAAAAAGGCUUGGU